GCUGAAAAGCUCACAAUCGUCGUCUUGUCGCAUUGAACUUUGCCAUAAGCAGCAGCAACAACAACAUCAACACAAGCAGCAGUAGCAGCAGCAGGAGCAGUAAACGAAGCCAAAAUGGUGCAAACCACUGCAGAUGGCAACGAGUAUAAGGAGCGGCUCAUUGCGAGCGUCAAGAAGGAGGUGAAGCAGCUAAUGGAGGAGGCUGUCACAAAGAAAUAUGUGCAUGAGGAGAGUAGCUCGGUGACCUCGCUCUGUGCUGCCAUUGAGGCAUGCCUCAGUCAAGGGCUGCGCAGGCGUGCUCUCGGCCUCUUCAAAACCUCAUCCACCACAGCACUGCUGCACAAAAUAGCCAAGACAUGCGCCGAGGCGGAACACAUUAGCAAAAUGGUGCAGGACAUUGAGGCGAGUGAUCCCAAUAAGCGCUCCUCCUCCAGCAGCGACAGCUUCAAUCGACCGCCCAUGCUAAAGAAGGGCAGCAGCAGUUCAAUGUCCACAACCGUAAAUGCCACCGCAUCCACAUCGGUCAGUGCGAGCAACUCGAGCAUGUCACUGGCCUCCAUGAAGUAUUUGUGGAUUCGUUUGGCUCUGUACGAGAAGCGGCUCACGAAAAUCAUAGAGUAUUUGGUAGCCAAUGCAACCAGCUAUUACGAUCGCGAUUCGUUGGUGGCCGAUGCCGACUACGGCUCAAUCCUCAGCUCUCUGCUCGUCGGACCGUGCGCGUUGGAGUUCACCCGGGCCAAGACCGCCGAUCACUAUUGGACUGAUCCGCAUGCUGAUGAGUUGGUACAGCGUCAUCGCAUCAGCUCUUGUCGCCGCUCCUCUUCGACCUGCUCCCGACCACCGAUUAUCAAUUUCAAGCGCAGCUUGAACACCAGCUCGGAUGAGGCGAGCAGCUGCUCAUUCAAAUCCAUUGCCUCGGCCUCGGUAGCCAAGGACUAUGUGGAAUCGUUGCAUCAGAAUGCCAAGGCUACGUUGCUUUAUGGAAAAAACAAUGUGCACGUCUUACCGAAGGAUGUGGUUGAGCCCAUGCCUGGCUACUUGAGUCUUCACCAGCACAUACAGACGCUGACCAUCAAAUGGACGCCCAACCAGCUAAUGAACGGCUACAAUGAGACCGAGGACGAGGACAUUGACAAAGACGCCUUCUGGGCAUAUGCACUCAACAUUAAUGUGGAUGACAUUGUCUAUGUACAUUGUCAUCAGAGUCGCGGCGAGGACAGUGGGGGCACUGUUAUCCUGGUGGGUCAAGAUGGAGUGCAGCGACCCCCGAUACAUUUUCCCGAGGGCGGACACAUGCAGCAGUUUCUCAGCUGCCUGGAAACCGGCUUGUUGCCACAUGGACAGCUGGAUCCGCCUCUUUGGUCACAGCGCGGCAUUGGCAAAAUGUUUCUAUGGCCGCGCAGCAUGCGUCGCCGCAUUUUGCCAUCAGUCAUGGAAUCGGUUGACGAGACACCCAUUGAUUAUGUGUUUCGCAUUGUGAGCAAGAGUCGACACGAAGAAUUUGCGGCCACACAUUCUAUUCUGGACUUUGUGCGCAGCACUCCGCGACGCGCCCAAUUAAGCAGUUGCUCGACAACCGGCAGCAGCGAUUGCUCCAACAAGAGUCUCUCCAUCGAUCAAUAUCCGCUGGAGUCGCCGCUGCUGCAGCAGCACGCACAGAACACCAGCAUCGAGAUGGUCUGCUCCACCAUGAGGCGUCAGAUCAUCUCCCGCGCUUUCUACGGCUGGCUGGCCUAUUGCCGGCACCUUUCGACCGUCCGCACGCACCUGUCGGGUCUAGUGCAUGGACGCAUCACGCCAGAGAUGAAAGCCGAUGAGGAGGGCUUGACGAAGGAGCGAUGGGAAUUACUCAACGUUGACGGCGUCAUGCACAACCAAACAGAGUUCUAUCGCCUGGUCUACUUUGGUGGUGUAGAGCCGGAACUACGUAAGCAGGUGUGGCCGUAUCUGUUGGGCCACUAUGCGUUCGGAUCCACGCUGGAGGACCGUCAGAAACAGGAUGAGACUUGCAAGCACUACUACGAGACGACGAUGAGCGAGUGGUUGGCUGUGGAUGCCAUUGUGCAGCAGCGGGAAAAGGAAAAAACAGCACGAGCUGUGGCCAAGCUGAGCUCGGGCAGUAACAGUGGAAAUGAGCGUACGGUGCGCGCUGCUGAUCUGGAGGCUGGUGGUGAGCUAGAAAACGAGGUGUUUGAGGACAUAUCAGACAUUUCAGAUCCAGGCGACUUGGAGUCCGAUGAUGAGCAGGGGCAACAGCAAAAGGAACAGGAACAACCACUAGCCCCCAAAGCCGCACUCGUAGGAACGGGCAGUGGUUCGCACCUAAGCGUGAAGCCCAUACCACGUGCUAUGAAGACCAGCACAGAUUCAGGUCAUGUGGAUGAAGGACUCGAUGAUCUGGACGAGGAGGAGGAACAACAAAAAGAACAACAACAAGAUCAGCAACAGACAUCAGCAGUGAAUACGAGCAAGCCCUUGGAUGAAAAAUGUGUGCCAAGCUCCUCUACAUCGCCCACCUCUAGCUACGAGACAGUUGGCGGCGCGACUCAAAUGGCUGAUACACGGAGCGUCCUUAGCCCAGAGUACCUCAGCGCCGAUGAUUUGCAGGCACAGCUGCUGCUAGACGAAGAACCCCAAGAACCGCCAGAGGAGGCCAGCAAGCCAUUGCAGGCGGCUGUCAUCAUAACCAACGCAUCAGUAGACAUUGCCAAUUGGCAGCAAGGGUCGAAGCCAGGUGGGAGCAACGGCCAAAUGUCACCUCUCACGGAGCAAGCGGUCGAAGGCGCCAGUGGUGGCACACUGGAUUCACUGCAGCAGCCAAAGUCCUCAUGCGCAUCUCCAGCUAGCUCCAAUGGAGGUGUUUACAGCAGCGAGCUCCUAGAACAGUUUGGUCUCAAUCUCCAUCGCAUUGAGAAGGAUGUGCAGCGCUGUGACCGCAACUAUUGGUACUUUGCUAAUGAGAAUCUGGAUAAGCUGCGCAACGUCAUAUCGACCUAUGUGUGGGAGCAUCUGGAUGUGGGCUAUAUGCAGGGCAUGUGCGACCUCGUCGCCCCACUGCUCGUAAUCUUCGACGAUGAGUCCUUGAGCUACAGUUGCUUCUGCAAGCUGAUGGAGCGCAUGAUUGAGAACUUUCCCAGUGGCGGUGCAAUGGACAUGCAUUUUGCCAAUAUGCGUUCACUCAUCCAGAUACUGGACUCAGAAAUGUACGAUUUAAUGGACUCGAACGGCGACUACACGCACUUCUAUUUCUGCUAUCGCUGGUUCCUGCUGGACUUUAAGCGGGAACUGGUCUACGAUGACGUCUUUUCCACCUGGGAAGUCAUCUGGGCGGCCAAGAACAUGGCUUCCGGCCAUUUUGUACUCUUCCUAGCUCUGGCUCUAUUGGAAACCUACCGCGACAUUAUCUUGUCGAACAGCAUGGACUUUACGGAUGUCAUCAAGUUCUUUAAUGAGAUGGCCGAACGUCACAAUGCACAGGCGGUUUUGCAACUGGCUCGAAGUCUCGUGCUGCAAUUGCAAUUGAUCAUUGAAAAUAAGUAAAUUGAAUUUAUGGUAUACUAUAUAGUAUAUAGGAAUAUAAAGCAAAGUAUAGUAGCGGUAGUUUUCUACAAUUUUUCUCUAUUUUUUUUUUAUCCGGAAACAAUAUCCCCAUCCUUGCACAAAAUGAACUUGUACGUAUCUACAUGUAUUUGAAUUUAAGCUGUGUGCGCAUAUCUCUUAAAACCAAUCACAGGGGCUGAAAACACAUAAGACUCCAAAGAAACUAUGCUAUUUAUUGUACAAAAUGAAAACCCAAAUUAUAUACUAUAUACAUAUAUUGCUCUAACUACACCAAUUAUUCUACUUAUAAAAAUAUACCAGAAAGGUAUUGUGUGUAAUGGAAAGUUUUCAGUGCAAUCGUGCAAUCUGCGA